CUAUAAGUCUCCUUGUCUCAUCGUAUACACUCAUUGUUCACAACAUAGCUGAGAAGGAAAUCUACAGCUGACUUUCCUAAGAGAAGUUGUUUUUCUGUCUGCCUGAGUGUGGUAAAAUUUGGAUUGGCCCUGAGUUUCUUUGGAGCUUGGUGUACUGGAGAGUCCUACUCCAGGCACAGAGGAGAUGAGCUGUACCAGGCGAAAAGGCUUCUUCAGGCAAGAAGUAAACAAGACAAUUUGGGAACUUCCUAGACGAUAUACUGCUAUCAUCCCUGUAGGAUCUGGGGCUUAUGGCUCUGUCUGUUCUGCAAUUGAUAAGAAAACAGGAGACAAAGUAGCUAUCAAGAAGCUCUGUCGCCCGUUCCAAUCUGAGAUUUUUGCCAAAAGAGCCUAUCGGGAACUCACACUGCUAAAGCACAUGCAGCAUGAAAAUGUUAUUGGAUUACUUGAUGUCUUCACUUCAGCUACUUCAUUCGAUGGAUUCCAGGACUUUUACCUGGUGAUGCCAUACAUGCAGACAGAUUUACAAAAGAUAAUGGGACACCAAUUCAGUGAGGAAAAGAUUCAGUAUCUGAUCUACCAGGUUUUGAAGGGCUUGAAGUAUAUUCACUCUGCUGGAAUCAUUCACAGGGAUCUAAAGCCAGGCAAUUUAGCAGUGAAUGAAGACUGUGAGUUAAAGAUUUUGGAUUUUGGCUUAGCAAGGCAUACAGACACAGAGAUGACAGGCUACGUUGUAACUCGUUGGUACAGAGCACCCGAAGUGAUUCUGAACUGGAUGCAUUACAACCAGACUGUGGACAUCUGGUCUGUUGGCUGUAUCAUGGCAGAAAUGUUGACUGGAAAAACUCUGUUUAAGGGUAAAGACUAUCUUGAUCAGCUCACCCAGAUCCUGAAAGUGACAGGAAGCCCUGGAGAGGAGUUUGUGCAAAAACUGGAAGAUAAAGCGGCUAAAAACUACAUACAGACACUUCCUAAAAUUCCCAAAAUGGAUUUAUCUCUGCUUUUACCCAAAGCCAGUCCUCUGGCUGUGGACUUGCUCGACAAAAUGUUGCAGCUUGAUGUAGAAAAACGACUCACAGCAACCCAAGCUCUGGCUCAUUCCUACUUUGAUCCAUUCAGAGAUGUUGAGGAAGAGACAGAAGCCCAGCAUUCCUAUGAUGAUUCCAUAGGGAGUACAAAGCUUUCAGUAAAUGAAUGGAGAAGGCAGAUUUACAGUGAAAUACUGUCAUUCAGCCCAAUUGCUCGGAAAGAUUCCAAGAGGAGAAGUGGAAUGACGUUAUAGACUCUUGUAUGUCUAGUGCUGAUCGACCUUUCCAAUGAUACACAACCAUCGGUGUUUUGAUCCUAAAGAGGAGUAGAUAUAAAUCAGGAUGAAAAAGGCCAUAUACAGAUAGCACAAUAAUAGUGAAUCAACAGAGGCUAACUUUGCUUUGAACAUCAGAGUGAUACAACAACAACCUUGAGUGGCACAAGUCGAGGUGAUUCUCAUUAAAUCUCUUUGUGAUAAAAUGUGAUGGCUAUGUUUGUCCCUUUUCUUGUACUUUUUGUAACUGGUUCCAUAAACAUGGUCUAAAAAGUUUAAGUAAAUGUUUCUACAAGUCAAUAAAAUCUUCUUUCUUUCUCCUAAUAUCUCCAAAUAAAUAAAAAAGCAUGUUUCAAAAAAGAAAAAUAUUUAUAUAAUAAAGGAACAGUUGCAAAGAGCAA